UGGUUUAAUUAGUUGCUAGUACGUUACUUGCAACGAAGCGGUCGCACGCUACUCCAGCUCUUACCAUUGCACAAUGCUUUGCCGGCGAAUGCAUCAGCGGAAGCCAUGGAUUACCUGCCGGCGGUGGUUAUACUCGUCUACUGCUCUUACUCGGCCGCCGGUGGCCACCGGUGGUCCUGGCCAAGGCCCAACAACCACUCUAUCACUGGGUUCGACUUCCCAAGCUUCCAUCUUCCCCUGCUCAACGAUGUCGUUUCUGCAAUACAUUAAGCUCAAUGAAUCAAAUUACGAGUUUGGUAUGAGAAGAUGUUGCUUUUCAACUCAAGUUGUAGUUGAUUCUCCGGUUGGUGGGAUAGUUGAUAUUCCUUUGGCACAAACUGGAGAAGGUAUUGCUGAAUGUGAACUCCUGAAAUGGUUUAUUCAAGAGGGUGAUGAAGUUGAAGAGUUUCAACCACUUUGUGAAGUUCAGAGUGACAAAGCUACCAUCGAAAUAACCAGCCGUUACAAAGGAAAAGUUUCUCAAAUUCUCCAUGUUCCUGGUAACAUUGUAAAGGUUGGAGAAACACUAUUGAAAAUGAUUGUUGAUGAAACUGCUUGCCCUAUGCAAACUUUGCAUCCUUUGGAUAAUUUGGACUGCAAUGGUCUUGAAGGUGAUUCUCCCAGUUCUGUGCUUCAGAGGAGUGCCAUUAAGAAAGUUCUGUCCACCCCUGCUGUUCGUAGUCUUGCAAAAGAAUAUGGUAUUGAUAUAAAUGAUGUUGUUGGAACUGGUAAAGAUGGAAGAGUGUUGAGAGAGGAUGUCCUAAAUUAUGUUGCUAAGAAAGAAAAUAUUAAGGAUUUAACAUCUUUGGGUGCUUAUUCGGGAGAGCAGUCACAGGUAGCUGACAACAGCUUCGAAGGUAUUUCCGGCGCAUACGGAUGGGAAUUUGAAGAUAAGACUGUUACAUUAAGGGGUUAUCAACGUGCUAUGAUAAAGUCCAUGUCAUCAGCUGCUAAAAUUCCUCAUUUUCAUUAUGUGGAAGAAAUAAAUUGUGAUGCACUUGUAGAGCUCAAAUCUUCCUUUCAUAAUGAGAAUUCUGAUCCUGAUGUCAAGUUCACUUUCCUUCCCAUCUUGAUAAAGUCACUUUCCAUGGCAAUCAGUAAGUAUCCAUGGCUGAACAGCAGCUUGAAUGAAGAACUGAAUGAGGUUACACUUAAAGGAUCUCAUAAUGUUGGAGUUGCUAUGGCUACUCCACAUGGUUUGGUGGUACCAAAUAUUAAGAAGGUCCAAUCUCUAUCGAUCUUGGAGAUAACAAAGGAAUUAUCACGGCUUCAACAAUUGGCUUUGGCAAAUAAACUUAACCCUGAUGAUAUAACUGGUGGAACUAUAACCUUAAGUAACAUAGGGGCAAUUGGUGGAAAGUUUGGUUCCCCACUAGUCAAUGUGCCCGAAGUUUGCAUCAUUGCACUUGGCCGCAUCCAGAAAGUUCCUCAGUUUGCUGAAGAUGGAAAUGUGUAUCCUAUGUCAGUCUUGACUGUUAAUAUUGGUGCUGAUCAUAGAGUCCUUGAUGGGGCAACAGUUGCAAGGUUCUGCAAUGAAUGGAAGCUGUACAUUGAAAAACCAGAGCUGUUGAUGUUGCAUAUGAGGUGACUGCUCCAUGAACUAGACUUAAGGGUCAAGCCUUGGCUCCAGAGCUGUGGAUCUGACUAGCUUUUGAGUUGCAUAGGCGUUUUUUGAGCUUGAAAUAUCAGGGUUUUUAAUGCCAAAUCGAGGUUACUGAGACUCUGAAGCUGCUAAAUUCUCUGUUUGUCAAUGAUGCUGAAGCACAAGGCUGGGAACAGGAGCUUUGGCUUCCUCAAGCUCAUGCAAUCAUGAAUCUUCUUUUUCUUUGUGAUCAUGUAUAUUGUUGUACAUUCGACUUGAUUAUAAAUUGACAAUUGAAAUGGCCUGUCAAACACGAAUUGGAAAUUCAUGAACUGAUGAUCCUUAAAAAACAAGCCAAAUUCAGAUACUA